UUGAAACACAGAGUUGUUUGGACACACUUUUUCAUACUAAAUAAUAUCCUUCCAAAACAGCCUGUUUCAUCUUCAUCAAUCCAAUCAUGUCUUCCUCUAAUGAAAUACAAACAAUUCCUGAAGAAACCUCAACCCAUUCACAAGCGAAGCCCCCUGUACAAUCCAUAACAGAAACUAGCACCAACCCCCACACCACCACUAGCAACAUCAGCAACAACGAGGUCAACCACAAGAAGAACAAUGGUGAUAACAGUCAAAAACCUGCUGAACAACACACACAUGAAAGCUCCAACAACGAGCACAGCAAGUGCUCUUGGAUCUGGGAUUUACUUCCAAACAAAGGGACCGCCAAGAAUCAGAACCAGAACGGAGAGGGAUCAACGACAAGUAGAGAAAAAGCUGUAGACUGGGAAAGGAUGAAAUCUCAAUGCGGUAAGUUAAAUAAAAAGCUCGAACAAGUUAAAGCAUUCGUAGAUCAACUUGAGAAGUUUGCAACCACUGAAAGCUUUAAAGAUAUAAAAAAUCACGUAGUGAGGCUCCAAGAUACAGUUAAGAAUAUCAGUGAAUAUAGUGAAAAAAUGGAUGCAUCUUCUAGUACAAAAACUCCAGCUGUCAUUCUUCCUGAAAUCAACAAGGACAUUACGAAGCUAAUGAAGCAUCUUUCAUCGCCAGAAACAGUGUCCGAGAAAGUAAGUUGGAGUGCUCAUUUACAGUCGAGCACCGAGUCUAAUGGCCGCAGUGCAGUCGAUGAGUUGGUGAACGUACACAAUAGUGCAAGCUUCAGCAAAGGCUCAUUUUACAUUGAAAUUCAGGACAUUUUUAACGGGCUUGAUGAUCAAAAGAAGUUCUUUUUGUCAUGCUUUACUGUUUUCCCAGAAAAUGCAGUGGUGAAGAGGAGGAUCUUCGUAUACUGGGGAGUGGGAGAGGACUUGUUGGUCGCUAAAGCAGAAUAUCCUGAGAAAAUCGUUGAUGAAAUUCUUGAAGAAUUUCAAAAGAAAGGCUUAAUCGAGCCUGCUAUAAAAAAGCGAAAGCAGCCCGGGCAUGUUAAAAGCUAUAGAAUGGAUCCUCUUGUUCGUUCUGCUGUGAUUCUGCUUUCCAAGGAAGCUAAGUUUUUUGAUUAUGAUAUUAAGGGGAAUGUGCUUCCCCAGAGGGAUUGGACUCUUGGUUUAGAUUCUAAGGGGCAUCCGUUGGUGGAUGAAAAUGUCUCAUUCCAACGCUCUCAGAGGUUGUGUUUGCAAAAUGUCUUGGAGCCGGACGAGAGGAAACCUUCUACAGGAAAGGAAAACAAGCGAACGGUUUCAGAACAAGAUUUGGAAAACGCCGUUACAUUAUUUAAUGUUAAUGAGCCUUUUCCUGAUCUUGAAUUGGCAUGGUUAACAAAGAUGAAAGAUAUAAAUGUGGUACAGACGAAAGAGCCAACCGCAGUGGACUGGUUAUCAAAGAUGAAAAAUGCCAAAGUUGUUUGUCUGGGAAGCUGGCCAGGAUCAGCUAAAUCUCACAUUGAAGUGGAGAGCAUUGAAUUCUUAAAAGGGUUGACGAGUAACAAAAAAUUAAGGUUUCUUAGCCUUCAAGGAAUCUCAAGAAUUACUGAGCUUCCAGAUUUCAUAGGCAGGCAGAGCAAUUUGGUGAUCUUGGAUCUUAAGGAGUGUCACAAUCUGGAGUUGCUUUCAAAGAAGAUAGCCGAACUCAUUAACCUCAGGUACUUGGAUCUUUCUGACUGUUAUCUGCUAGCUCGCAUGCCCAAGGGGCUAGGGAAGCUCUUAGAACUUCAAGUUCUUAAGGGGUUUGUCAUUAGUAAUCCGCAAACUAGAAGCUCGGGUACUUUAGAUGAUUUGAAGAGAUUGGAGAAGCUGAGGAAACUAACAAUCAAUGCAAGUAGUGAAGAAUUCCCUACAAAUAAAGAUCUACUUGCUCUCCAAGAGCUUGCAAGCAAAGCACUUCGAAAGCUAACAAUAGCAUGGGGAGCAGCCCUAGCAGAUCAGCAAAAAAAAGGAUCCGAACCAGCAAAUGAGCAAGAAAAACCAGCCAAACCAGAAGAUCAGAAUGGAAGACCAGCCAAACCAGCAGAUGAUCAGCAAGGAAACGAAGCCAAAUCAGAAGAUCAGAAUGGAAGACCAGCCAAACCAGCAGAUGAUCAGCAAGUAAAAGAAGCCGAAUCAGAAGAUCAGAAUGGAAGAGAAGCAAGCUGCUGGAAAAGAAUCAUUCCAGCUCCAAAUCAACAGAAAUUAGAAAAAAGGAAUGAUCAACCAAAACUUCCAAUGCAACUAGAGAAACUGGAUCUUCAGUGUUUCCCCAAGUCUACAGCGCCGUGGCUGACACAUGAUUUUUUUCCAAUCCUAGAAAAACUCUACAUAAGAGGAGGAAACCUCGCAACUCUGGACAAAAGCGAGUGGUCCAAUGUUAAGACUUUACGUUUGAAGUACUUGCGUGAAUUGAAGAUGAAUUGGAGAGAACUACAGAAAUCUUUUCCAAAAUUGGAAUACUUGGAGAAAGUCAAAUGCCCUGGGAUCACACUCUGCCCUUGCGACCAGCAUGGAGUGUGGAUGAUGAAUCCUGAUCAAAUCGAACAAAAGCAGUUGUGAGAGGGAUUGGUUGUUGUUCUCUACUGGCCUCACAUUAUUGUAUUAUUAAAUACUAUUGUGGUGUGUUGAUUGCUUCUUUUCUUUUGAGUGAGAGAAUAUGAAUAUUGCUAUUUAGUUUGAAUUUC